AUGAGAGCCUUCAGAGCAACGAACACUUCUCUUCUCCGCCAGUAUUCGAGCAAUGGGUACAACUAUGGGUAUCUCUUCCAACAUACAGCAGCUCUUUGUGGGGCUGCUGGAUUUUUCGUUUUAUCGAACGACCGGAAUAGAAAGGGAGUUCAGAGGUUCGCAGCUUGUGAAGCCGUUCCUUUAGCAAAGCGGCCGAUAGAAUCACAACGUGAGAGUUAUCUAUCGAUGUGGAAGAAAGAUGUUAAACCUGACGAGCCUGAAGAUGACGAUUCUGUUUACGGAGAGUUGGAGGACGCUGAUCCCUCCUGGUCGCUUGCCGUGCCUCAAAGUGAUCAAAUGGCGAUUGCUCAAAUCAACGCGAAUGAACAAUUGGAAGAUCGAGGUGUGAUUCAGCAGAUUCGAACAGUAAGCAACGGUGAUCUUGUUGUUGCUGGUGUGAUGGAUGGUCAUGGUGGAUGGGAAGUUGCUGAUUAUGUUCAGCGAAAAGUUGGUGCGUAUAUUGAGCGUUGUAUAAACAAAGCAGCAGCAAUGAGACCAAUCGAUUGUACUGUCCCUUUAACGGAUGCUGAAUUGGCUGAAGCAGUGAAAAGUGCGUUUAAUUUACUCGAUGAAGACAUUUUAGGAAAAGUAAAAGGAAGCUGCGACAUUGGAUUGAGCAGAAACGCUAGAGUUGGUGCCUGCUGCGUGAUUGCUUUAAUUACGAAGACCUCGGUCAUUGUUGCAAAUGCUGGAGAUUGUCGAGCAGUCAUUGAUCAUAAUGGAGGGGCACAUGCUCUGAGUGACCCACACAGUGCCAAUGAAGAAGAGGAAAGAGAACGGCUGAGAAAAGAACAUCCUGGAGAGGAUGACAUUGUGGUUUGCAAGAAAAGCUUUCAGGUGGAUCGGCAGCCUCGCUACUGGUAUGAUUACCCACAAUUCUGGACGGGAUAUUUGGGAAAUGAAAUUAAGCAGACUGCCUGUUACGUCAAAAAUCGUCUUCAACCAACGAGAGCGUUCGGUGAUUUUGACUUAAAAGUGAAAGAAUUAUCGUACGAUCAGGAAACAAACAGACCCUUCAUUAAGAAUGGAACUUCAUUUCCUUACAUUACAGCAGAACCCACAACGAAAAUCUAUUCACGAUCAAAACAGCCCGGACAAUUUAUCUUGUUAGCUUCUGACGGUGUUUGGGACUUUUUGACCCCAAAGGAGGCUAUCGAUAUCGCCCGAAGUGGUUUGCAAACAUCUCCUCAAAUAGCUGCUGCCAAUGUUAUUCAAGAUGUAUUACGGAAGGCGUUAGAGGAGUCGGGAUUGACGAUGUCCCAAGUAGCGAUAAUGACUCCCAAACAGAAACGUCGUGUCUUUGAUGAUACGACAGUUUGUGUCAUCAAAUUGGACUCGUUUUAA